CCCCCGCCGGGCCUUAAAAGCCUGCCCCGCGGCGGCUGGAGGCGCGGAGAUACGUGCGCCCCAGCCCCGACAGCCGGCCCGAGCAGUCCCAUGGCGGAGCAGGUGGCCCUGGUAAUUGGGGGCCUCACUGGGGGGCUGCUGCUGCUACUGUUGCUGAUCUGGGUGAGCUGCUGUCUCUGGAAGAAGCUUCGGGCCCUGUCCACCUAUGAGGAGCUGCCCGGGAGCACCGCUGCCUCCAGCAUACAGGGGGGCAAGCUCUACCCCCCAUCUGCCAGGACGCAGACAAGCAGGCCUCUAGGUGUGCCGUUCGUGGUGCCUCCUUCCCUUCAAGACCGAGAAUGGGUACCCCUACACCGUGGAGAGUGGGCCCAGGCCCCACAGGACCCCUGCCUCUCCCCAGAGCUCCUGCCCCGCCCCUCCAGUGGCAGCUUUGGAAAUACAGGCACGGUGGGGACCAUCAACCCAGAUCUAUAUAAGUUCCUGGAGGACAAGAGUGAGACCGACUUCCCUGAGGGCUGCCUGGGACGGCUGUGGUUCUCCGUGGAAUAUCAGCAGGACGCCGAGCGGCUGCUGGUGGGCUUGAUCAAGGCGCGGAGGCUGCAAGCCCCCUCGGAGAGCUGCAACCCCCUCGUGAAGCUGCACCUGCUGCCUGACGAGCGGCGCUUCCUCCAGUCCAAGACCAAACGCAAGACCUCCAGCCCGCAGUUUGAUGAGCACUUCAUCUUCCAGGUGUCCAGCAAGAACAUCACUCAAAGGGUACUCAGGUUCUCCGUGUACCACGUGGACAGGCAGAGGAAGCACCAGCUCCUGGGCCAGGUGUUCUUCCCCCUGAGAAAUGAGCCCCUGGCUGGUGACUGCCCGCACGUCAUCUGGAGAGACCUGGAGGCUGAGAGUGGAGAGCCUCCCUCCGAGUUUGGAGACCUGCAGUUCUGUCUCAGCUACAAUGACUGCCUGUGUCGCCUGACUGUGGUCGUGCUGCGAGCCAAGGGCCUCCAGCUCCAGGAGGAGACGAGUUUCGUCAGUGUGUUUGUCAAAGUGUCUCUGAUGAACCACAACAAGUUUGUCAAGUGCAAGAAGACUUCGGCAGUGCUGGGCUCAGCCAACCCCGUGUACAGCGAGACUUUCAGCUUCAAGGCCAACCCUGUGGAGCUGGACACUGCCAGCCUCAGCCUGACCGUGCUGCAGAGCACCAGAGGGGAGAACAGCCACCAGCUGGGCCGGGUGGUGGUGGGCCCCUACAUGUACGCCCGAGGCAGACAGCUGGAGCACUGGAACGCGAUGCUCAGCAAGCCCAAGGAGCUGGUGAAGCGCUGGCACGCGCUCUGUCCCACCCCUGAGCCCUGACUCGGCUCAGGACCUCCGCUCUGCCUCCGGAGCCUGCCCUCCCCCGUGGCAGCCACGGGCCUGGACGGUCGGGCCAGCAUCUCCUUGGGCUGCCUGAGCGAGGGCAGCGUGCGUGCUGAGAGGCAGGAGAGAAGAGGGACCAGAGAGUUCCGGCCAGGUCAGCGGCAUGGCUGGCCGCCACCUGCCAGCCUCAGAGAUCCUCCCAUCUCCCUCUAUCCUCCUCUCCCCGUGCUGCUGCCUGGGCUGCAAGUCCCAAGCUGUGGUCAGCACAGUCCCCAUCUGGACUGGGAUCUCAGGCCUUCAGAAGAACUGUUCUAUUCAGUGAUAGCAGAGCUGUGUGUGCUGAGCGGAGACCCGGGCUCCACCAUUCUGGAAAGCUGAUGGUAGGUCAGUGCUGGACGGACACAGCGUCUCAGCUGUGGUUUUCCUGCCUCCCGCCAAGCAGAGAAAACAAACUGCUCUAGGGGAGUCGUGGGGGGUGGGGGUGCCCAAAGCGCUGAUUCCAGCUGGCCCACAAUAAAGAGCCCCGUCUGAAAGUUGGGGUGGGCGUCGGGCACAUUGGAAUGAAACAGCCUCCAGAUGCCUGCACAGCACGGCAUGCCUGCAGCUCGGGAGAGAAAGCUCUCAGGGAUCAAGACUCGCUGGCUUCAGGCCUGGGGAAGAACACUGUCCACCAAGUGGACAUAAGCUCCCUGUGCCAGGAGGAGGCCCUCACCUGUGUUGGGUCCCUCCCAGGACCAUGUCACAUCCUGCCCAUGGCCCGUCCUCCCCAGAACCCAAGCCUCACGCCCCUGGUCUUCCAACUGGCUGUCCUACGGGUUUCUGUGGUCUCCCUGGUUGACAGCGUUCAGCUCGCACAACUCACUUUGGGCAAGAAAUGGUGAAAGCACGCAGCCAAAGCGCAGCCCCCAGGGCCGAGAGCUUUCCCUGUAAACCCAGCAAUUUCGUUAGGAUGACUGUGUUGUGACAGGUGCCCAUGUGAGGCUCAUGGAGUUGAGAGUCCCCACAAAUCCCGGUCAUCACCUCCCUGUGACACUGUCCUCAGGGUAAUGAGCCGUUACUGUGUUUAUCACUGUUACUGAACGGGUAGCUUGUAUUUUCCCCCACAUGCUUUUGAACUUGCGGGGUCAAUGCACUGUGACCGUAUACCUGGAACAAACUUCAAACCCUUCUCUUUUCUUACGCAGUGAACACCUUCAGCAAAAGAAAGUAGUGAGCAU